CAAUACACAGAUAUUGCAACUGUUCUGCAUUCACAGUCUUCAUUUUCUUCUCAGUUGUGGCUAACCACCAGUCAACAAUGGUGGAUUUAACAUGGUAUCAAAGCUGAGAGAAUCGAUCGGAGCUGUGAAGACUUAGCUUUAAGAGUUGUUCUGUGAAAUUGUUGAGAAAAUUUCUUCGAUUGUUCUUCGACUUCUUCGAAUUUCUAAUUUCUGAGCAGAUCGAUAAUGGCUGAGAUAAACAUUGACAAUCCGCGACAUCCGUUGUAUCUACAACCUUCAGAUGCACCAGGAAAUGUGAUAAUUUCUGUUCGCUUGACUGGGAGUGAGAAUUACUCGGUCUGGAGCAGAGCAAUGAAGAUUGCGUUGAAAGCUAAGAGAAAACUAGGGUUCAUAGAUGGUACAUGCACCAAGGGUCAAUUCACUGCUGAUUUGGGCGAGGAUUGGGAACGCGUUAAUGCUACAGUAUUGACUUGGAUCAUGAACACUGUCUCGCCGGAGCUGGUGAACGGGAUAGUAUAUGCCAGCAAUGCUCAUGAAGUUUGGGCUGAUUUAAAGGAUCGCUUUGAUAAGAUCAAUGGAUCAAGGAUAUAUAACCUUCAACGAGAAAUUGCUACAAUCUCUCAAGGUACUUCUAGUAUCUCUGCUUAUAAUUCUAGACUUAAGCUGCUGUGGGAUGAGUAUAGUGCAUUUAUCCCUACUCUGCCUGUGAUUCCUGAAACAAGAGAGUUCAUAACACAUCUAGAACAGCAAAAAAAAUUUCAAUUUUUGAUGGGAUUAAACGAUAGCUUUAGUGCCAUUAGAAGUCAAAUGCUGCUUAUGUCACCAUCACCAAGUGUGAGUCGUGCAUAUGCUAUGUUGAUUAAUGAAGAGAAUCAGAGAAAGGUACAUAUGACCAAUAUACCUAUGAAUGAGGUGAAUGAUUCCACUGCUUUAAUGAGUUCAAGAGAUAAUUCACAGAAGUUCAAAAGGUAUGGAAAUCUAUAUUGUGAGUAUUGCAGAAUGAAGGGUCACACUAAAGAUACUUGUUACAAAUUGGUGGGCUAUCCACCUGGUUUCAAAGGAAAAAAGAAGCAGGAAUAUAGGCAAUCCAAUGCAGCCAUAGGUGAUGGAUUUCAUGCCAAGGAUGAUGGGCUCCCAGCCACAACAACUGCAGAUCCAAAUAUGGCAAGACAAGGAAUGCACAAUUACUUCACUGAUGAGCAAUACAACCAGAUAAUAAAGCUCUUGAAUCAGGACAAGGGAGAAGAAUUUGCAGCCAACAUGGCAGUUAACACUGAUUCUCAACUGGCUCAAACGUGUGAUACUCCUUGGAUCAUUGAUACUGGAGCAACAAACCACAUGACUUCAAACAUUAACCUGCUGAAUGAUAUAACUAAAUUGCCUAACACCAAAAGAGGACCUGUGCACUGGGAAGGUGAGGGGGAUUGGUAAGGAGAAGGGUGACCUUUACUUGCUGUUACCAUAUGGAUCAAGUUCAAAUAAGCUCAAGCAACAAAUUAGAGGUUGUUUAGCAGAAGAUGU